AUGAACUCCAUGGUAUAUACCCUCUAUGGGUUUGCGAUAUUCUUCAUGAUAUUCUGGUCGGUACUGUGGAUCCUUCAUGUGCUGGCAUUGAUAGCCGGUCGCUGGAAGCUGCACCGUAAAGUCACUCAAGUACCAACCUAUGAGACACCGUUGCCCGGCGUGUCGAUUAUAAAACCGUUGAUGGGCGUCGAUCCGAAUCUGUUUAAUAACUUGGAGACCUUUUUCACCAUGGAAUAUCCUCGUUACGAGCUACUGUUCUGCGUGGAGGACGACUCGGAUCCGGUGUUGAUGUUGGUGCGUAAGUUGAUCGAAAAAUAUCCGGAGGUGGACGCGAGACUGUUUAUCGGCGGUCGUAACGUGGGCGUAAAUCCUAAAAUCAACAAUAUGCAACCGGCAUACGAGGCGGCCAAACAUGAGUUCGUGUUGAUCAGUGACAGUGGUAUCAAAAUGAAAGAGGACACGUUAUUGGAUAUGGUCAAUUAUAUGACCGACAACGUCGCGUUAGUGCAUCAAAUGCCGUUUACCUGUGAUCGCGAGGGUUUCGCCGCCGCGUACGAGAAAAUCUUUUUCGGUACUGUACAGUCGCGUAUGUACCUAGCCGCCGAUUUACUUAGAAUAAACUGUCACACGGGAAUGUCAGCUUUGUUAAGGAAAGCGUCCCUGGACGAGGUGGGCGGUUUGAAAACGUUCGGUGUAUAUCUUGCCGAAGAUUUUUUCUACGCGAAGUCGUUGACCGACCGCGGUUGGCGCAUCACGGUGUCCUCACAGCCGGCGUUGCAAAACAGCGGGAACUGCGAACUGCAUUCCUUCCAGGCGAGGUUACGAAGGUGGGCGAAGCUUAGAGUGGCGAUGCUGCCUACAAUGAUCGUACUGGAGCCGUUGAGCGAGUGCUUAGUGUUAGGUGCCUGUGCUUCCUGGGCGGCAAGCGUACUGUUCGAGUGGGACUCGCUUGUUUUCUAUUUAGUACAUAUACUGUUGUGGUUUAUGUUCGACUGGACGCUGUUAUGCGUCGUGCAGAACGGUCCGUUGCCGUUCAACAAAUUGGAGUUCGUUUGUGGAUGGUUGCUCAGCGAGAUAACCAGGCCCUAUCUUUUCCUUCAGGCGGUACUAGAUCCUCUGAUACAGUGGCGGUCGCGCGUUUACAAGCUCAGGUGGGGCGGUGUCGCGGAAGAAGUUAAGGCGAAAGUUAAAUACUAAA